CCGUUGCUUGUGGAAACAGCUGGUAGUUUCUGUCAGCUUUGCUUCAUAGCAGUACAGGGAGGAAUAUAAGUUCACAUUUGACUGGAAACUGACGGAGUGCGCUUUGUUCUGAGACACUGCUGCUGUUCCACCAGACACCGGGACAUGUCAUCCAGUGAAAGACACUUUAACGGGCACUUUUUAAUCACCGACGGAGCUUAUUAUUAGACGCUCGACGCACCGGUGCUAACGCUAGUUAACGUUAGCUAACUUUCUCUACUCCCAUAGCAACUAGCACAGGUGUUCCGUUGGACUAACUGUCGGCUGUGGGUUUUCUGACAGUGCAGGGCGAGGUUUGUGCUUCACUUCAGCAUGACUCAUGUUCAUUAUAAAUUCUCCUCCAAACUCAGCUACGACACAGUGGUUUUUGACGGCCUGCAUGUCACGCUGAGGGACCUGAAGAGGCAGAUCAUGGGCAGGGAGAAGCUCCGAGCCGGGGACUGCGACCUGCAGAUCACCAACGCACAGAAUAAAGAAGAGUUCACAGAUGAAGAUGGUUCGAUCCCCAAAGGCUCCUCCGUCAUCGUCAGGAGAAUCCCCAUCAUCGGAGGAAAGUCCAACUCUAGCAAGAUCCGCAACGUUGAGCGAUCAGACACCCAGACUAACAGCGCCUUUGGAGCCUUCAAAGCAAUGGACGACCCAAAUUCUUCCAGAGCCUUACCCUUUUUCACCAAGAUGGCUAACCUGGCUGAUGUGGAAGGGACAGAGGAGGAUAAGAUCAGAGUUAUGAUGAAUCAGUCCGCCUACGACUCCAUGAGUUACAACAAGAAGCCUUGUACUGUGCUUCCUGCGAACUACACCUGUUACCGCUGUGGAGGUAGUGGGCACCACAUCAGGAACUGUCCCAGUACAGGGCAGGAUAAAAACCAGGAGGCCCCUGUGAAAAUAAAGAAGAGUUCAGGCAUCCCGCGCUCCUUCAUGGUGGAGGUGGACGAUCCCUCCGUAAAGGGAGCCAUGCUGACCAGCUGUGGACGUUACGCGGUUCCAACAAUAGACGCUCAGGCGUACGCCAUCGGGAAGAAGGAGAGGCCUCCGUUCGUUCCCCGGGAUCGGCCUGAGUCCGUGGACGAGGAGGAUCCUGUCCCUGAGGAACUCCUCUGUCUCAUCUGUCUGGACCUGAUGAGUGACGCUGUGGUCAUUCCCUGCUGCGGAAACAGCUACUGCGACGACUGUAUUCGCAGCGCCUUACUGGAUUCAGACGAUCAUGUCUGCCCCACUUGUAGCCAAUCCGAUGUCUCACCUGAUAACCUGAUAGCCAAUAAAUUUCUCCGACAGGCUGUGGACAAUUUUAAGAAAGAGCGAGGCUUCACUAAAAAUCUGAAGAAAGGGUGCAGUGCUUCCCAAUCCCAAAAUCCAACCCCAAACCUGAGUCCUGCCCUCACCCCGCCCCCUCUCAGCGUGCAGAUCCAGCCUCAGAAGCCUCUCCUGUUAAACCACAGACAGCAGGACCCUCUUCGGCAACACUCACAGGCUGCAGACACACCGCCGUCCUCUCAGGUGCCAACAAGCCCCGCCUCUGGCCCCAACAUGCCAAGCUCGCCGCCCCCUCUCACCGUGCAGAUCCAGCCUCAGAAGCCUUUCCUGUUAAACCACAGACAGCAGGACCCUCUCCGCCAACAGGCAAAGACUGCAGACACACCGCCAUCCUCUCAGGUGCCAACAAGCCCCGCCUCUGCCCCCAACACGCCAAGCUCUUCCUGCCAGCCUGUGCAAAGCCACCUGGAGACAACUGACAAGGAGGCUGAAGAAAAGACAGACGAUGACUCAGCUGCUGUUGUUGCCACGUCAGCACCGGUUUCAUCAGAAGAACACACUGAUGCUCCAUCACAGCUGAUACCACUGGUUAACCUUGAACCAGAGGUAGAGCAGCCGCAGACAGACUGUGUGAAUCAACAGCAGCCCUCCCCAGAUCCACCACCAAGACCCUCUGGGCCAUCAAAGUGCUGGGAAAGCUCCUCUUCUUCCUCAGGUUGUCCCCCGGGAGGCUGGACUGAGCCUAACGCCCAGCAGCGUCCUCCCUGUUCCUCUCCAUAUCCAGCGACUCCUCCUCCUCUCUUUCCUCCCCCCCAUUUCCACACUUUCCUCACCGCUCCGCCUCCUCUCACCCCUUAUCCCCCUGGAUACCCACCUGCCGUCUGGACGAUCCCAAACCUACCAGGUGCCCCCAUCGCUCCCCUGUGCCCCUCCUCCUCCAUCCCUGCACUCGUCCCAAAGGAGUGGUACAUGCAGAGAAAGAAGGAGAGGUCACCUCACAGAGGAUCUUCCCACAGGCGCUCCUCUUCUGGUUCUCAUUCAAAGUCUUCUAAGUCCAAGGCUUCUCGCUCCUACUCGCGCUCUUCAAGCAGGUCCAGAUCCCGGUCCAGAUCCCAGGGAAGAUCAAGGCCCCACUCAUCCUACUCCCACCACAGAGAUCCCCACCCCCGCUCUACUUCCUCCCGCUCCUAUAGCUAUGGUUACAAACGUUCCCCAACUCCGUCCUCGUCCUCUUCACCUAAAGUGGGUUACCGUUCCAGGUCAAGGUCGCCGCCAGAUCAUCGCAGGAACAGUCACCAGAGUCGCCACCAAAGUAGGAAAUCGUCCUCUGGAAACUACGACUCCAGGAGGCGAGGAGAGCGUCCCCCAAGGGAAGCGGGAGGCUACACGUACGAUCCGCACGCUAAUCAAAGUGGCGGCAUGGACCAGGAGCGCUACCUGCAGUUGAAAAGGGAGUACAAAGAGUGGUGUGAUAAAUAUUUCAGCAGUUAUGUCGGACACUUCCAGCAGAUGCCUAUCCCCCUCCUCAGUCUCCCCCAUCCUCCUCCUCCUCCUCAGUGGGGGGACAGAGAAGGAAGCAAAAAUUACUCGCACGCUAACUCGGAUUCUCGCAUCCGAGUCCAAGGCAGACGCAGCACCCGGAUGGAGAAACGCUCCCCUCCGUCAUCCAGUGACAGCCGCUCCCCUCCGUCUCGGUCUUCACGUGACAGCCGCUCAACGCCAUCCCAGACAUCCAGCGACAGCCGCUCUUCUCCGUUUCAUUCGUCCAACGACAGUGGCUCCCCACCCUCUCAGUCGUCCAGCAGCGGGCGCUCCACACCAUCCGAAGACAGAGCUCAGUUGAAGACAUAUGAACGGAGGCGAACUGAGAAGAACAGCCGUCUGCCAACCACACCUCUAAAGGGCAGCGAGGAACCGCAGGAAAAGAGCAAAGACAAAAAGCAGCUACUUAAUAAGAAUUUGGAAAAGCACAAGCUAAAGCGGGGGAAAAAACAUGAGGAAGUGGAAGAGUCAUCCUCCCCUGACUCAAAAGAUGACUGCAGAAAGGGAAAAAGGGACCACAAAACUGGACCAAACAAUUUUAAAGAUGGCAGCCCUGCACCAAAGAAAGGAACAGCAAACAAUGCCUUCAAAUCAGUCAAACAGCUCGUGAAACCAGAAAAACGUUCGGAUAAAGACUAUGAAAGAAAAAGCAGGGAACAAAGGAGUUUGGAAAAAGGGAAAGAAAGGAGAAGAGGCGAACAUUCAGACUCCAGGAAAGAUGUGGGGAGACGUCACAGAGGAAAGCCCAGUCACCAGUCAGGUAGGGUGGAAAAAGACAGAUACAGACACCCUGAAGGUAAAAGAGCUUCAGAAUUGGACAAUAUAAAAAGAAAACGAGGAAACACGGAGAGAGAUUCUGUAAAAACUCAAAGCACCAAAUGCCUGAAAGACCCUCAAACUCGCAAGAGUGAAUCCCCAAUUCCAUUUGAGAGAAAUAAGCCAAAGACUGAGAAAAAAUGGGAGAGGAAAACCUGGCCUCUGGCAGAGGGAGUCAUUUGGGAGGGAGGAAUACAGAUGAAACCACAGAAGAAGAUAAGCAUCAACAUAAACCUGGAAGGAAAGAAGAACGAAGAGAAAUCUGAAAAUCUGGAAUUUUUUGAGAGCAUAGCAGGAAAAACCAAGACAAAUAUUCAGGCUGGUAAUGGAGAGGAGAGGUUAAACAGAGGAGAGACAGACAUCGAAGCAAAGAAGGAAACCAGCGAAGACAUGGAAGAGGUGUCUGAAGAGAAAAUAAAACCAGAUGAAGAGACAAAACAGAAAUGGGAGAAAGCUACCUUCAGAGAUGAUGGAGCGUUUGAGAAGAAAGUGGAGACAGAAAAGGAGGACUUUGACGUGUGGCAUAGUUUCUGCAGAGAAAUGGAGGAGGAGAAGGAGAGUGAAAAAAAGCCAGAUGAAGGAGACAUGAUGGAGGCCAGCAAGGGAGAAGGGGUGACAAAUGAGGAGAGGGAGUUAGACGCAAAUACAAGUGAGGAGAUGCUUGAGGAGGAAAGCACAUUCAAGAAAAACAUAGGAAACCUGCCGGGGGAGUCAAAGUCAAAGGAUGAGCUGAUGGAGCUGCUGAAGUGGAGGAUGAUGGGAGAACAAGAAGAGAGCCACCAUGACAGACCAAACACCGUGGUGGACGAUGACAGCAGCUACGAGGAUCAUCAAGAGAUGAAGACAGUGUUGAAAACUCUGGAGGAAUUAUCCCAGGACACUGCUGCAGACCUAGAGGACGAGCUUGUACUCAAACAGGUCCCUCAAUCCAAAUGGGAUAAGAAAGAGUCUGAGGAAAAUCAGCAAGGAGAAGGAGCGAUCAAGGUUCAAACUGAUCCUCCUGCAGUGUAUCGGCCUUCACCCUCAGUGUCUGUCACAACCGAGACACCCGUGGAAAUUGAUAGAAGAAACGAGAAAGAGAAAACUCCCAAUUUGAGUGUGGUUCCCUCUAGUGGCAAAGACAGAACUGACAGAGAGGAGGAGAAAAGGAUUGAGAGGGAGAUGGAGAGACAGAGGGACAGAGAGAGAGGGAGGGAGAGCGAUAAAUCGAGGGAUAGGCAGAAAGACAGGAAAAGAUCGAAAGAGAGAAGAAGGGAGGGGGAGAAAGAAAGAGAGAGGGAGAGAGAGAGGAGUCAUAAGAGGAACCCCCCUUCCUCCUCUCACUCCUACUCUUAUUCCACGUCACAUGACACGGAGAGGAAAGACAAAUUCAGCAAGAAAGUUCCUGAACUGCCCGAUCAAAAUGUCCACAAGAGGUAUAGAGACACAUCACUGGACUCAACAUUUAAAGACCCACCUCACUUCUACAACAAUCACCAAGAGAAGGGAGAGAGAGAGAUGGAGGAAAGGGAGAGGCCCAGCAGCAACAGCACCAGCUUGUCAGCAAGCCAGGAGAAUGGCCAGGACGACGCGAGGAAAGAGAAAAGGAAACAAAAGAAGCCCGAAAAGGAGAAAAGACAAGCCAGCCCAGAGCCUGGUGAAGAAGAGGAGCUGAAGACACAGAUAGGGAAGACGUCAAAGCAAAGCAGAGAUGGAGAGGAAGAGGAGAGUAGUGGAGAUUUUGACAAAACUAUGCUUAUGUUGUCUUUACUGUCAUAGAGGAAUAAUUUAACCUACUUGAAUAAUGUUUUUCCUUUCUCUGUGCAAAAAGUGCCUGGUUUUAUUUUCUCAAAUUUAUUUUCCCAGGAUACUUUUUGUAAACCUUAAUAUAAAAUCAAAUGUGCAUCAUCCAAAAUUAAAUUUAACAAAUUGUGAAGGAGAAGCACUUUAUAUGAGAAUAAUGAAUGUGAAUGAAAUCAAAUGUUUAACUUUUCAUUUAUUUAAAGGAAUUUGCACACGAUCUCAACUUUCUCACCAACUAUGGUUUUUAAACUGAACCUGCAAUGUUACAGCUUUAUUGGAGGAAAUCUUACGUGUGGAAUAAAGGUCAGUCAGUAAUAUGAUUUGCCAAGCACAUGAGUGCCUGUAGAGGAUAUUUAUAAAAACUGUAAUGGGAACGUACUGUGAAUAUUUAUGAUUUGAACCUCUGUGAUGUAUCUUAUUUUGUAAAUGUUUAAUUUAAAACCAACUGCUGGAUGGAUGAAUAAUUAAACCAGAGGAGUUUUUCCUGUUUUGAAGGAAAUAAAAAAAGUAACAUCCAUAAAA